UUUCCAUCAACCUAAAAAGGAAACCGAUAACAAACACAAAAAUAAGCCAACUUCUUAGCUUGAAUAGAUAUGACGGCGGCAGCAACUACUCUCUGUAAAUAUUUAAUCCAACACAGCAGAUACCUUAGUAGUCGUCCCACAUCAUCGACAGAUUUUCUUGUUCGUGCCAUUCGUGUUCAGUUUUCUUUAAUAUCUCCUUACUCCAAAAUGUCCAAUUCGCGUCCAAAAGCUUACGUUACUCGUCCCGAUUAUGCAGCAAUUGGAAUAGACCUCCUUAAAUCGGAAUGUGAUAUAUCAAUGUGGAAUGAAACAACUCCAGUGCCACGACAAGAACUACUUAAAAAUAUUGUCGGCAAGAAUGCUCUAUUUUGUGCACUGACUGAUAAAGUUGACAAGGAAGUUCUUGAUGUUGCCGGACCCGAUCUAAAGGUUAUUUCAACUAUUUCGGUUGGAUUCGAACAUAUUGAUGUGACGGAAUGCAAGAAGCGCGGAAUUCGUGUGGGCUACACACCAGACGUUCUAACCGAUGCAACUGCUGAACUGACUGUCGCUUUGCUUUUAGCCACAAGUCGCCGACUUUUCGAGGCUAACAAGGAAGUCUAUAAUGGUGGUUGGAAAUCGUGGGCACCCAGCUGGAUGUGUGGCCCUGGUUUGAAAGAUAAAACAUUGGGAUUGUUUGGUUUUGGUAGAAUUGGAAAUGAAAUAGCCAAGCGUCUGAUACCAUUCAAACCUAAUCGUUUAAUCUACACAAACCGUUCACAAAAACCAGACGCUGAUAAUCUCGGCUUCCAAAAGGUGGAUUUUGAUGUGUUACUAAAGGAAGCUGAUUUUAUUGUAGUGUGUUGCGCUUUGACCCCAGACACAGCUGGAAUCUUUAACAAGGAGGCAUUUUCUAAGAUGAAAUCAAAUGCAAUUUUCAUCAAUACAUCUCGUGGGGCGGUUGUUGAUCAGGUGGCUUUGGUUGAGGCUUUGCAAGAGAAGAGAAUUCUAGCUGCUGGAUUAGAUGUAACUACACCAGAACCAUUGCCUUUGGAUGAUCCCCUCUUGAAGCUUGACAAUGUUGUUAUUUUACCACACAUCGGGAGUGCAGACAUAAAUACACGAAUUGAAAUGUCUAGAAUAACUGCCUGCAAUAUUAUUAACGCUUUAAAAGGUGAAAAGAUGCUAGCGGAAGUUUAAUAAACUACAUAAAUAAAUAACGAAUUUUUGUAUUUCAAAAAAAUAA